AUGUCCCGCAUCCUCUUGCGGAGAGAGCUCCAAGACAAGAUGAACACUGCUAAAGCACCAGAAUUCGAGUGUAGCACUGGAGAAAGAGUUAUCCAACUUCAACCUAUCAGGGUGGUAAAUGGCACAAAGACUUCCGAUGCUACAAUCACACGAACGUUUUAUGUCCCUCCCAAUGCUUCAUACAUUACGACCGCCGUCUUUGGUGACGGACCACCGACUACAUACACGAUCCCACCACAAGGCACACCCCCAAUUGGAACCGUCAUCGUGAAAGUGCCAGUGACCACCAUCACUUCAUUCAUUCCCUCAUUAACAGCCGAGCGAACUCGAACUCUGAUUCCGACCAGUCCAGGUGACCCAACAACUGUCAUUAUUGACCGACCAGAAGAUAGAAACACCGACCAUGGAGGCAUACAUGAUCCUCAAACGCGAAUUGCAAAGCCAGACGAAACAGCGGCCGAUCAAACACAAUUUGUCCAAGUCCCUGUUACAAGGACAGUGCAGCAAGAAAAUAUAAAGACACUCAUUAUUGAUAAUACUGACGAACAGGGCACUGUCACCAUCAGGCGACAAGAUUAUACCACCAUCACUCGCGUGAAUAGUGUUGGCGUUCCAAUUACGCGGACACUCCAGCCUGACCGUCCCGGAGAUGUGAGUACAGUGAUUAUUGAAGUACCCGAGUCCAAAGCUCAGUACACAACAAUCGUCCGCAUAGGUAGUGUCACGGAAACUGUCACGUCUACACAAUCACCAAGUGAUCCCGAUGGAACGGGAAGCGUAAUUAUUAUGAUCCCUUCAGGUCCUGUCCCAUUUGCUACGAUUACUCGCACUGGUACUGGAACGGCAACCGUCACCUCAACCCAACAGCCCAAAGGCUCUGAGGAAGUUGGGAUUGUCUUUGUUGAUGUGCCUCCGAGUACUCGACCAGCCCAGACAAUCAUACGUUAUGGGACAGGCACAGCACCUGUGACAUAUACGCUGAAACCAGAUGACCCUAGAGGAACCGUUACGGUUGUACGUGAGCUUCCUUCUACUAGUGAACCAUACGCGACUAUCUCUCGCAUCGGUACUGUCACUGAGCCUGUCACAACCACACUCUCUCCUGCCCAUCCAGGCGAAACCGGCACAGUCGUGAUCGUUCUACCGCCAGUCAACACUCGCCUUCGUCAUACUACACAUUGGGGCAGCGUAACAGCACCAAGGACAACGACUUCGUUCCCAAACGGACCAAAUGAGUCAGGAAUAGUAAUCGUAGAGCUUCCUAACCCUCUCACAACUGUGACUCGCGGAAGCGAUGUCCCGGCUCCCACGACGAUCACGCCAAGUUCGGUUCCACAAGGCGAGACUGGAACAGUGGUUGUUGUAACUCCAAUCAAGUACCUGACGACUACAAGGACUGCAACUGGAACGGGGUCAGAGACUAAAACUUUCACGCAGAGGCCCUCUGAUCCAGAAGGAACAGGGACAGUUAUCGUUGAGCUUCCACCAAAUGCAACACCUUUCACGACAAUCACUGGCUUCUGGACAGGUUCUACUACUCGUACAGUUACUCAACCGCCUACCAACCCUGGUCAGACAGGGAAAAUUCGUGUGGAUGUCCCUAAAGAAUACACUACUGUUAGUACUUUCUGGACGGGUUCAACCACAAGAACUGUCACUCAAACCCCAUCCAUCCCUGGCCAGACUGGCACCGUCCGUAUCGAUAUGCCCAGAGAUGGAGUGAGAUACACGACCGUCACUGGAUACUGGACUGGCUCAACGACUCGUACAUCAACUGAGACUCCCUCUCAACCUGACCAGACUGGUACAGUCCACAUUGACUAUCCCGAUACUCCACAUUACGUGACAGUCUCUGGUUUCUGGACAGGAUCAACUACACGUACAGCCACCGACUCCCCCGCUGGACCAAACCAGACUGGCACCGUCCAUGUUGACUUUCCUGCCGAUGGUGCGAGUUACGUUGCCGUAAGCGAAUACUGGACUGGAUCGACCACUCGGACUGUCAUUGUGCCUCCAACUGGGCCUGGAGGUACAGGCACAAUCCGCGUUGACUUUCCCACUGCCGGCAUCCGCUAUGUCGCUGUUAGUGAGGAGUGGACUGGAACAACAGUGCGCACUGUUACCGUCCCUCCUUCACGGCCAGGUGAUACUGGUAUUGUUCGUAUCGAGGUGCCAGCUAUGCGUUUUGCCACUGUUACUCAGUACGGAUCUGGGUCUGAUACUCAAACGUUUACGCAGACGCAUACUGGCGCUGGUAUGACUGAUACGGUCAUCGUCUUAGUCCCUCUCAUCACAUCGUAUCAAACUGUUACGAGCACAGGUUCAGACUCUACCACGCGAACAUUUACUAAAGGUCCCUCCGGAACUGGUAGAAUGGGGACUGUGGUUAUUGAGGUCCCGCCUGAAUUCAUCACGACGACUGUGACUGGCACAGGAAUUGCUACCAGGACUAUCACCCAAUCACCUGAUCAGCCUGGUGAAACUGGAACAGUUAUUAUUGAGCUACCACCUGGUGCUACACCUUACGUGACAACCACAGUAACUGGCACAGGGUCCGUCACUACAACCCGCACUACUACACAAACCCCCUCUCGAUCAGGUGAGACUGGAACAGUGAUUGUCGAGGUACCUCCUGGGGCAGUUCCUUACAUAACAACCACUGUGACCGGUACAGGAACCGCUACUACGGCUCGAACCUUGACCCAGACCCCGACUCAACCUGGCCAAACUGGAACUGUGAUUGUCGAGCUUCCCCUCAGUGUUACACCAUACGAGACAGUCACUAGCACUGGCACCGAGUCAUUCACCACGACCAUCACCUACACACCCAAGGCGUCUGGUCAGACUGGGACUGUUGUUAUCCAGGUUCCAUCUUCAGCUGUUCCUUUUGUCACAACAACCUCUUAUGGGUCAGUCUCAGCGGCUUACACAACUACUAUAAGCCCGAUUCUUCCCGAUCAAACUGGUACAGUUGUUGUAUUCAGACCUCAAUCAUGGAUGACAACCACCCGCUAUGGAAGCGUCUCAGUGGCUUCUACCACAACUCAAAGCCCUACAAAGCCCGGGGAGACAGGCACUAUUAUCGUCGAUCUUCCUCAACCUUACACUACGAUCAUUCGUUAUGGCAGUGUGUCCAUCUCAUCAGCAACAACCCAGACCCCUCGGAAUCCAGGAGAACCGGGCACUGUUUUCAUGGAUUUACCACAGCCAUUCGUGACAACGACUCGCUAUGGAAGUAUUUCAUUUUCUUCCACGACCACACAAAGCCCUCUCAAUCCUCGUGAGACUGCAACCGUCUUGGUUGAUCUCCCUCAGCCGUUUGUAACAAUAACUCGUUACGGAAGUGUCUCGGCCUCCACGAGAACUACCAAUGGCCCACAGAAGCCCGGGGAGACUGGCACUGUUAUUGUUGAUAUGCCCCAACCUUUCACAACAGUAACUAGUUUCGGUGCCGUGACGGUUCCAGCAACUAGAACCCUCACUGGGUUUAGUCAGGGAGCUACUGGUACUGUUGUUGUGGACCUGCCUCGGCCGUUCACAACAAUUAUCAGGUAUGGGAGUGUGACUGCUCCAGUUACUCGGACGCAGACUCCCGCGGCUCCAGGACAGACUGGCACAGUAUUCAUCGACCUCCCUGACGCUUAUACUACCGUGACAAGCUACGGCAGUGUGACCAUAGCCACAACAAAUAUCCUCACACCGACGAGCGCAGGACAAACGGGCACAAUUCUCAUCAAUCUGCCAAACCCUUAUACAACAGUCACUAGCUAUGGCACUGGGACUGCGACAGGCACCAGCAUUUUCAUGCCGGCUACACCAGGCGAGACCGGCACCGUUGUUAUUCACCUUCCCCAGCCAUACACAACUACUACGCAUUUCGGCAGUGUCUCCGUGCCAAUCACAUCAACAUUCACACCGACUAGCCCUGGUCAGAUAGGAACAGUCCUGAUCGACUUGCCACAGCCCUUCACGACUAUUACUCGAUUCGGUAGCGUUUCCGUACCGGCAACUUCAACAUUGACACCGGCUGCUCCAGGUCAGACGGGAACAGUCCUAGUGAACUUGCCCCAGCCAUACACAACUACUACGCGGUUCGGUAGUGUCUUCGUACCAACAACAUCGACACUCACACCAGCUAGUCAAGGCCAAACUGGCACAGUCCUUGUCGACUUACCGCAGCCAUUGGCCACGGUCACCAGGUUCGGCAGUGUCACAGUUUUGAGCACGACCACCAUGAUUCCCACCAGCCCUGGACAGACCGGCACUGUUUUUAUUGACCUUCCCGACUUCUACGUUACUACCACACGAUAUGGAAGCGUGACUAUCAGCAGUAUUACUACUAAGGCACCCACGGCACCUGGGCAAACCGGUACCAUUUUGGUUGAUCUACCCAAUCCAUACGUGACCACAACAAGAUACGGAAGCGUGACUGCCAGUAGCGUUACCACCAACGUUCCUACAUCACCUGGGCAGACUGGUACUGUCCUCAUUGACCUACCGAAUCCAUAUGUGACCACAACCCGAUUUGGCAGUGUUUCCAUAAGUAGUAUUACUACGCAGACACCAGCAGCACCCGGGCAAACUGGUACCGUUAUCGUUGAUUUACCAAUUCCUUAUCAGACAACCACUCGAUUUGGUAGCAUCAUGAUCGGUAGCUCUACCACAACCCAGGCACCAGCUGUACCUGGACAAACCGGUACCGUUAUCGUUGACCUUCCAAACCCAUACAUUACCAGCACAAGAUACGGCAGUGUUUCUACUAGCAGGAUCACUACCCAGACUCCAGCUGCACCUGGCCAAACUGGUACUAUUCUCGUCGAUCUACCAUUCUCAUACUUGACUACGACAAGGUUUGGAGUUGUUACGGAUGGGAGUAGUACUACAACAAAGCAGCCAGCAGCAGGCGGACAGACUGGAACUAUUGUUGUCGAUCUCCCGGAUCCAUACGUAACUUCGAUCCGGUAUGGAAUCAUCACUGCUGGUAGUAGUACCACCACAGUGGCACCUUCUGCCCCUGGACAAACCGAGACAGUCAUUAUCGACCUUCCUUACCCGUACCGAACUACCACACGAUAUGGUGUCAUCACAGAGGGUAGCAGCAUGACGAUUCAGACACCGACUGCGGGAGGUCAGACCGGAACGAUCCUCAUUGACUUACCUCAAUCUUAUGUGACAACCACCCGGUGGGGAGGUAUUACUGGUAGCAGCAGCACAACAACUCAAGUACCAACUGUUCCAGGACAGACGGGUACCAUCAUCAUCGAUCGCCCUGAUGCUUACACCACAACGACCAGGUACGGGAGCGUUGCAGGUAGCAGCACCACCGUCACCAUCACUCCAGCGAGGCCCGGGGAAACUGGAACAGUUAUUGUGGACUUUCCCCAGCCUUUCAUGACUAUAGCUCGAUAUGGACGAGUCACGGCCAGUAGCAUUACCACUGAAUCGCCCACUGAGCCAGGACAAACGGGCACAGUCAUCGUUGAUCUUCCACAGCCUUACACUACUACAACUAGAUUCGGCGUUGCCUCAGCAGCCCAGACAACUACUGAAAGCUUCCAAUCUGGCGAGACUGCGACCGUUCUCGUUGACCUACCCCAGCCUUUUACUACUGUAUCCCGGUAUGGACUUGUCACAGCCAGUACCAUCACCACUGAAUCGCCGACCGUCCCUGGGCAGACAGGCACAGUCAUUGUUGACCUCCCUCAGCCGUACACUACCACUACGAGGUUUGGUGUCGCUCCAGUUGCUCAGACAACUACCCAGACUUUCCAGUCUGGUGAAACUGCUACCGUUCUCAUCGACUUGCCCCAGGAUGUGACGACCACAACGCGAUAUGGAAGUGUCACUAUCGCUCAAACUACUACGGAGAGCUUCACUCCAGGUCAGACUGCGACCGUCAUCGUGGAUCUGCCUCAGCCUUUCACAACCUUGACUCGUUACGGAAGCGUCACAGCCAGCGAGAUGACAACACAGUCUUUCAACCCCGGCGAGACAGCGACAGUGGUGGUGGACCUGCCUCAACCUUUCACAACUAUUACCCAGUAUGGAAGCGUCACUAUUGGCCAAACAACUACGGGAACAUUUGGUCCAGGUGAUACAGCAACUGUCUUCGCCGAUCUCCCUCAGCAAUUUACAACGACGACUCGUUACGGAAGCGUUACUGUCAGCGAAGUCACUACACAGUCCUUCAAUCCCGGUGAGACUGGUACUGUUAUUGUCGAUCUUCCUCAGCCCUUUACAACUGUGACCCGUUAUGGUCUGGUUGAUAGUGAUCAUGAAACAACUACAACUGAAUCGCCGACAAUUCCAGGCCAGACAGGUACUGUGGUUGCCAAUCUUGCCCAACGAUACGUAACUACAACACGGUACGGAAUUGUUGAUCAGGACCAUGAAACGACACAAACACAAGGACCUGUUGCUUCAGGCGAGAAUGGCACAGUUCUUGUUGACCUAGCCCAGCCUUACACAACAGUCACAAGAUACGGUUCAGUCGAUGUUGACCAUGAAACCACGGUGACCGAGUCACUUGUUGGUCCGGGACAAACGGGCACGGUCAUAGUUGAUCUUGCUCAACGAUAUGUAACUACUACCCGCUUUGGUUCAGUCGACUACGCCCAUGAGACGACACAAACCCAAGCUCCUAGUGCUCUUGGGGAGACUGGUACAGUUAUCGUGGACCUUGCGCAGCCAUAUACAUCAACCACUAGGUAUGGCUUCGUCACUUUUGGUGCUGAAACCACUCAGACCCAGGCACCUUCUGCACCUGGGGAGACUGGCACAGUCAUUGUAGACCUUGCCCAGCCAUACACGUCAACCACCAGGUAUGGAGUGGUCAGUUUUGGUGCUGAAACUACCCAGACUCAAUCACCCUCUGUGUCUGGUGAGACAGGUACUGUUAUCGUGGAUCUUGCCCAACCCUACACAACGGUAACACGCUACGGAUCAGUAACCGUUGGCGGCGAGACCACACAGACUCAAACGCCUGCUCAGCCUGGGGAUACGGCGACUGUACUCGUCGACCUUCCGCAACCAUACACAACAACUACUCGUUAUGGUGUGGUGCAGGCAGGUCAAGAGACUACCCAGACACAGUCUAUGGCUGGCCCAGGCGACACUGGAACGGUUGUCGUCGAUCUUGCUCAGCCCUAUUAUACUACAACUCGGUACGGAUUGGUCGAUAUUACUGGCGAGACAACCUACACACAAACCGCCACCAACCCAGGAGACACAGCUACAGUAUACGUUGAUCUUGCUCAACCUUACACGACAACAACUCGGUACGGGCUGGUUAGUGCAGGUAGUGAAACGACGCAGACACAGGCUCCCAGCAAUCCAGGAGGAACAGGUACAGUUGUUGUCGAUCUUGCUCAACAGUAUCUAACCACAACCCGAUACGGGCUGGUUGAUGCUACUGAUGAGACAACUCAAACACAAACACCCAGUAACCAGGGAGAGACAGCUACAGUUGUUGUUGAUCUUGCCCAGCGUUAUGUUACAACGACAAGAUAUGGACAAGUUAGCGCAGGCGGUGAGACGACUCAGACGGAAACUCCCACUAACCAAGGAGAAACAGCUACCGUCAUUGUCGAUCUUGCUCAGCCUUACCUGACGACAACCCGAUACGGGCUAGUCAGCGCAGGUGGUGAUACAACACAGACCGAGGCCCCUACAGCUCCUGGUGAGACUGGCACAGUUCUUAUUGAUCGACCUCAGCCUUAUGACACAACAACUCGAUAUGGCAUGGUUGAUGUAGGGGGUGACACAACACAAACUCAGACACCUUCCGUACCCGGUGAGACUGGAACAGUUAUUAUCGACCGGCCUCAACCUUACGUCACAACGACUAGAUACGGAAUGGUUGACACGGGUGGCGACACAACGCAAACCCAGACACCUGCCACUCCUGGCGAGACUGGCACGGUUUUGGUUGAUCGACCUCAGCCUUAUGUUACUGUGAUGCGUUAUGGAAUGGUCACGGCCAGUACGAUGACAACUGAGUCGCCUAGUGUUGCUGGAGACACAGGAACUGUUAUCGUCGACCUACCUCAGUCUACUGUCACGGUCACUGAGUCCUACACAGGAACCGAUGUGAUAACUGAACCAACUGCUGUCACGACAAUUCCCGCGUCUGGGUCAGUCGCUGGCACAGUCGUCGUGGCAACACCAUCUCCACGACCAGUUACUGUCACAAGAUUCUACACUGGAACAGCAACCUUGACAGGACCUACUACGGUCACUACGGUCUCUGGUUCCGGAGCCGAUCCAGCUACAGUCAUUGUGGAGACACCGCCUGUCACCAGCACCCGUUUCUACACUGGUACCGAGACAUUAACUGGUCCAAGAACAGUAACAACCAUCACACCUACAGGCACUGAAGCUGGAACGGUGAUUGUAGAGACACCACCAGUGACAAGCACCCGACGGUAUACUGGAACAUCAUCUCUAACAGGCCCUAUCACUGCAACGAUAAUCACGCCGACCGGGACUGAAGCUGGAACUGUCAUUAUCGAAACAGCAGGACCAACCGUCACAAGCACAAGAUCCUACACUGGUACAGGCGUCUUGGGAGGACCAACAACAGUCACUACAGUUUCGCCUACGGGUACCGAAGCUGCCACAGUUAUUGUCGAGACUCAACCGCCCCAAUACGUAACCAGCACUAGACAAUACACUGGUACAACUUCCCGAGCCACUGCCAUGACAGUGGCAACAGUUCAACCCUCAGGAACAGUUCCUGGCACAUACAUAGUCGAAACACCCACUCCUCCCCCAUCUUUCAGUUGUGACGAGGGAGGAUACUUGAUCCAAAACACGACUCUAUAUAGACUAAACCUAGUCUCUGGUGUGAACAGCCAAGUCGGCACCGGCAUCGGACCAGGAGGAGUUAUCAACCCCAUCACCUACAAUAUUAUCGACAACCUGAUUUAUGGUAUUGUUCAGAUCGGUACUACCGCAAAUCCAAAGAGUCAAGUGAUUCGCAUUGGAAGCACUGGAACUUACACUCUGAUGGACUUGACUCUUGACGGCAACUGGAACACUGGAGAUACUGACGACGACGGUCACUUCUGGGUUUCAUUGUACGGAAAAGCAUGGGUCAAGAUCGAUGUUGAUCCAAGACGUUCCACCUACGGAACCAUCCUUGCAAGAGGAACCGCAACAUCAGCAAACAACGUCGCCGAUUGGGCAUUUGUUAAGGGCGGUGGUAAUUAUCUUUAUGGUCUUCAGUCAGCCAUGACCACCAAUUCCAAGACGGCCGUCGCAAGAUUCAGUCUCGAUACUCAAAAAUGGGAGACUCUUCAAGAUCUUGGGUUCAUCGCCGGUACCAACACUUGGGGUGCCGUUUAUGCAGUUGGGCCAAUGCUCAUCUACGCGUCCGAGAAUACCUCAGGUGUUAUCUAUCGGUUCAACCUUGCGACGUAUGAGAAGUCAUUGGUCGUCCAAGGUCCCAAGACAUCCCAGAACGAUGGUGCUCGUUGUAUCAACGCUUCGCCACCAGGAUCAGGGUCCUAG